AUGACAAAGGAAAGAAUGCCAGAAGGAAACCACUCUGCACUGAGUGAAUUCAUUCUGCUGGGGUUCUCCAACUUUCCACAUCUUCAGCACUUACUUUUUUCUGUGUUCUUUUCUACCUACUUGUUCACCUUAGCUGGAAACCUUCUCAUCAUUUUCCUUACCCAUGUGGAUGCUGCCUUGCAGACCCCCAUGUAUUUCUUCCUCGGGAACCUGUCCUUCCUGGAGAUCUGCUACACAACUGUGAACAUCCCUAAAAUGUUGGCCAGUCUCCUAAUGGAGGACAAAAGAAUAUCUUUCCUUGGCUGUGCUACACAAACCUAUUUCUCCUUUUCUUUUGGAGGGUCAGAGUGUUUUCUCCUGGCCUCCAUGGCUUAUGAUCGUUAUGUUGCUAUCUGCAAUCCCCUGCAUUAUUUUGUACUUCUGAACAAGAAGACUUGCAAUGCACUGGCUGCAGGGUCCUGGCUUAGUGGGAUACUUAUAUCCUUUGGUCUCACAAGCAUGGUGUUUACUUUACCCUUCUGCAGAUCCAAUGUCAUCAAUCAUUACUACUGUGACAUCCCCCCACUGCUGAAGCUGGCCUGUGUGGACACUUCCCUCAUCGAGUUUUGUAUAUUCAUGUUGGCUUUGAUUUUCAUUGCCUUCCCCUUUGUGCUGAUCUUCCUGUCAUAUGUUCGCAUUGUCUCCACUAUCCUGAAGAUUGCCUCAACUGAGGGCAGAAAGAAAGCCUUCUCCACCUGCUCCUCUCACCUAAUUGUGGUGAUAUUAUUCUAUGUCUCUGGCUCUGUUAUGUAUCUGAAGCCCAAAGCAGACUAUUCUCCAGACACAAUCAAGUUUCUUUCUUUGUUAUACACAUUCCUCACACCCAUAUUAAAUCCUAUCAUUUAUACUUUGAGAAAUAAAGAGGUAAAAGGUGCCUUCUGGAGAGAGCUCAGGAAAAAGAGGAAUGCUUGAAUAAAGGAAGGGAUUCCCUGUA